UCAGUGAGGGAAAGUGAAAUGCAUUUACAUCCUCAUUCCCUCCUUAUCCUGCCUGACUACACUAUACAUUAUUCAGAAUUUAUCUCUUACACACACUUGCUGAAAUCGAGGCAGUGUUGGACUUUUAUUUGACAUUUCCUGCUGUCUCUCUGUCUCCCUCUCAUGAAUGAUUCAGAGAACAGUUCCUGUACCUGCUUCACUCUGAAAGAGUCGCUAAGCAACUGAAACGCUAUCCCCAGGCCGUGAAAACCACCGAAACAGAGUCCAAGUAGUGCCCCCACUACCCACAUCCACACACACUCAUACACACAGCUGAUGCCUGUGGUCUCUGUUUCCUCCAGGUCAGUGGACUACCAGGGGGGGGAUAAUGUCCAAACCUUCGCCAACGUUAGGGCCCUACAGGCUAAUUUGAACAUCCCGAUGGGAGCUCUGCGUCCAGGGGCGGGACAUCCUGUGAAGAGGAGAGAGGAGACAGUAGACACAGAAGAGGUGUCUCAGGCUCAGUCACCAGACCAGCCCAGCCCUGAAGCACAGCCGUCGGAGGAGAAGAAGACGUUACCGGGAGCGGUGAAACUACCAGGGCCGGCUGUCAACCUAUCAGAGCUGCAGAACGUCAAGAGUGAACUACGAUGGGUCACCAAGGAAUAACAUGAUCCCCAAGCCAGGCGGAGAAGAGGCAGAUAAUCUUCAGAGACACAGACUUCCCCACUGCCAUCGAAGACUACUGAUCAGUCUAAUCCCGACAUGUUUGGAAAAGAGCAACAGAUUCCUGCGAAGCCAACAGUCAACCACCAAGAAGCUCUUCUGCAAUCACUUCUCCAUUAAACACUGAAAUAUUUAUAUUUAUCAAGUUGUUUUUUUCACAAGUUAGAUAGUGUCAGAAUUUGUACAAAAAAAAGUGUAAUACUUUCUAGCUGAAGAGAGAUACUCUGGUUUGUCUCCAGUUUACUGUGACUUUUAGAAGUGAGUGAUUUGUUUUGCAGAGACGUCAUCGUCUUCAGCCUUUUCUUUGUUUUUGGGGUAUUUUUUUUAUUUUGAAAUAGUUGAUUUAGAGAGAAGUUUGUUCAUAAUCAACAUCAAUUUCAGGUAUCAGCAUGACAACGGAAGAUAACACAAGAUACCACCGACAUCAAAACUCCAAAUAUGGAUGUAUGGACGCUCGCUAUCAGACAGCUAACUUUUAAAUGUAGACGGGGUUAAAUUCAGUUUUACAGCUUUUGUUGGGGGAUUAUUUUGUUUUGUUGUUUUGCUAUGAAUGAACCCAGAAGCUGAUAUCUGGAGUAAAAUAUUGCAAUAAAUGAGAAAGGUUGUAAAAAUGAA